AUGGCGUUCAGCUUCUCCAACGCCGUGUCGGGCGGGUCAGCGUCGGACACCGCAGGAGCCAGUGUCAGAGAUGGACCAGAACUCAAGGAGAUCCAAACAAACGAACUGGGCUUCGCGGCCAUCAAUGGCGAGGCCAAAGUGCAACUGCUCCCUCAACCGUGGGCCGACGAUAACAUGCCCCCGCCGUCAUCAUCGCUGCUAAGUGUCGCAUCGGCGAAAGGCUUGCUGGCAGCCGCCGGCCCUGAUGCCGUCUACAUCACCUCGACCAAGAAAGUCCGGGAAGCUUUCCAAGCCCCGCCACCUGAAAAGAGCCAGACACGCACGUAUAAUCCAGAGAUCAAGCUUGAUUACCCACAUAUCACCCAGGUCAGCUUUUCCUCGGAUGAAAGUGUUCUCGUGAUCGCGCCAUCGACUGGAGGAGUCGUGGCUUUCCAAAUCGAGAACUUGCAGCGAGGGCACCUUAGUCCAGCACUGGAAAUCCCUGGUGAUGGCCAGGCUUUACGCGCGCUGGUGCCUAAUCCGACUGCGGAGUCGGCCGAGCUCUUUGCCAUCAUCACGACCAACGGCGAUAUGAUGCUUUUAGAUCUCAAAGCCGGCGCCAUCAAGGCAGGAAAUGACGGCAAUGUGCUUAAGAGCGGAGUGAGCUGCCUGUCCUGGAGCAAUAGAGGCAAGCAAUUGGUGGCUGGUCUGGCCGAUGGAACAGCGGUUCAACUGAAGCCGGAUGGAACCGUGGUCGCAAAUAUCCCGAAGUCAACAAGCAUACCCGCAGGCUCGCAUGUCUCAGGUAUUUCAUGGCUCGAAAACGAUACUUUCUUCAUCAUCUACACUCCCACCGACACGAGCGAAGGCAACCAACCCUCAGACUAUUACGUCGUACAGAGAGAGCCCAAGACGACUAAUUACACCUUCCAGAAAUUGCCCGAGGUCCUGCCGCCAUACGGUGUAGAGCGAUUACCGUCAUUUCAUUUCAUCUCGAGGUUGAGAAACUUUCCUCCGCAUCUUCAGGAUCUGCUGCUGUUAGCGGCAACAGCAGCCACAGAUGUCGGACUUGUCUCAAAAUCCGACAAGGCACUCUCGCAAGAUGAGCCGGUCAAGGGCUGCUUCACGUUCACCAUGGUGGAAGACGAUUCCAGGCGCGCCCAGCUUCCUCUUACCUCAAAGAUGCAAGACACCUCCCCCGUUGGCAUGGUUGUGGAUCUGUCCAGCUCGGAAAGGGUGCCGAAUCCGAUUCCAUCAGAUCCCGAAAUUGAAGAGACGGACGGGCCGGUUCCCUGUUUGCUCAUUUUGAACAAUGAAGGUGUUCUUGUGGCUUGGUGGGUCAUUUACAACGACUCCGUCAGACAGAAGACUCCUUUUUCUGGCUUUGCUUCUGUUCAAGCAGCAAAGCAAGUCACGGCACCAACUGCAACCUCUCCAUCUCCACCGUCGACCACUACCACAUCUACGGUUGGUACACCUGCUACAGCCAAUGCGUUUGCCAAGACAACAGGUUCGACGUUCGGCACCCAAACGACCCAGGCUCCUCUUGGUGUUCCAUCUAUGAAGCCAUUUGGGGCCUCGUCACCUAUCACAUCAGACAAGCCAUCCUGGACCAGUACGGGUUUCGGCUCCACAAAUGAUGCAACAGCGUCAACGACCUUUGGACAGCCAGCUUUUGGUUCGGCUACCCCAAUGGGCGGCCAAGCGGCAGCCUUUGGGUCCCCAAGCGCUAUGGGCAGUAGGACUACAGCCUUUGGGCAGCCGAGCGCAAUCGGUGGGGGUUUUGGCAGGCCCUCAACAAUUGGAACAACCCCUUCCUUCGGCCAAGCAUCUGUUGCUGGUGCCUCGGGAGUCACUAGUCCAUUCGCUGGUGCAGCAGCCGGCGCGAGCGGCUCUGGCUUUAGUUCGUUCUCAAAAGGAGGGUUCGCUUCCUUCGCUGGUGGGGGAUCAGGGAUGGAGAACAAGAGCCCUUUCGCAGCUGCAGGUGGUGCAAAUGCCUUUUCACAGAAAUCUGGCAACCUGUUUGGUGGCGAUAAUGCUCAGCAAUCUCCGUUCGCAACCAAGGCGCCUGGAGGUAAUCUCACCUCUUUCGCAUCAACCGCCGCUCAAGAGCCUCCCUUCGGUAGUAAGAAGACCGCUGACACUCCGGGCCCAUUCGGAGCUGGCAACGUCUUCAAGUUGCAGUCGUCGUUCACAGGCGACGGAAGUGCAAAAGACGAUUUACCUCCACCCAAAGAGCCUGGCUUCAGCUUUGGAAGUGCGUUUGGUGAUAUGCUUGGAGAAAGCAAGCGUGCUGUGUCUCCAGCUCGAGAUAAAGAGGCUGAGAUGGACGAGGAGAGCGCGGCUAGCGAACCCGACUCUGACAACGCUCCAAAUAGCUCAUUCCAAGGAUUCUCACCUCAAGCUGAUACGAAAGCGCCGCAUACGCUGGUAACUCCACCUUCUACACUCACACAAUCGAAGGCCACUCCAGCACCGCCAGUAUCUAAUCUCUUCGGCUCAACUCAGCAGGACACGACGACGCCAGACCACAAAAUAAAUAGCCCCGGGUGGCCGUCCAAUGCCCUCUCCUCCACCACUCCUAAAGAGACACCAAAUCCCGCGCACGUGGCCAUGUUCGGGACAAAGACAUCUGCUCAAGAGUCACCUGCAGUAGUGCAAAAGAGCGAACCGGCACCUGCUUUCCAGCCUAUCCGCCCGGCACCGGAGAUAAAGAAGGAGCCACCAAGUGACGACGAGUUGGUUGAUAUGAAGAAGAUCCCUGAAGCACCUCUACCGCCAGAUACAGUUAGCAAGCCACGAUAUGCCUCAGGCGAGACCUCUGCGUCCUCUAAUGUGUCGAAAGCGACAUCAGACGAUGCACCCCUCCCUCCAGAUUUCCUCCCUGUGCCCAGGGCACGACAAGACGAAAAUAACCAAGCGCUUCCCGAAGACGAUGAAGACGACUUUAGCUCCGAUUUCGAAGAUGAGGGACCAGAAGACGAGGAGGGCGAAGAAGAGGGGGCCGAAGCUGAGGAAGACGAGGACAGCCAGUCAGAAUAUGUCAAGUUGCAAGAAGGCGAACAGUUACAGACCUCACCGGAGAGCUCGUUCAAGAGUGGCGACAGAAGUCCCGAUACAAGCCCGACUGGAGGAUUGUUCACGAAGGUGGCCUCGACGUCUACGGCACCGAAACCUGCUCGACCCUUGUUUGGCGAGGUGAGCGCCGCACCGGUUUUCGCACCGCCAAAGCCGCACGAAAGUCCCCGGUCUCCCAGCCCUAUCCGACCAGCCUUCUCUGCAGAUGGCCUCCGGCCAGACCCCUCUAGGUCGGUUAGUGCGCCGGCCCAUCCUCGAUCAGUCAUCGACCAGCGAAAGGCCCAGUACCAGCAGUCCGGGUUGGCUGCACAGGCGGCGAGGAUGAGGGAAGAGGAAGCGACGAAAGAGAAGGCACGUCGUGAAGCGCUCGCCCGGGAAAAGACUCAGGCGGAAGCCGAACAGUUUGCCCCGUUAGAAGAUGACGAAGACGAGCGAAUGCGACAGGAACUGGACGAACCGAUUGCUCCCUCUCAAACUCUGGACGACUUCGUUCCUAUUCAGCCUAGAGAUCCUGAAGAAACAAGUAAAAGUGGCAUACCGGCGCAGAUUGAGCGGCUUUACUCGGACAUCAACUCAAUGGUUUACACUCUAGGGAUAAACUGCCGGUCGUUAUCAGCGUACAUGAAAUAUCAGCACCCGGAUGCGACCAAUUUGUCGUGGCCCGGUGUGCUCAAGUCCGACACACCGAUGGACGCGCUGAAUGACGAGCGGUUCCUGACAGAUAUCACCAGACUUCACGAAGGACAAGCCGUGUUGUAUAGCAUGCUCGCAGGCUGCAACGUCGAAGAAUAUCUCAAACGCUCUGGAGAAGCCCAAGCUAGCCUAAAGAAAGAGGUGUUUGACCUUAGAAACAAGCUGAUGUCCAUUCGAAAGACAAUCCACAGCCUUUCAACCUCUGAUGGUGCAGCAAGUGCUCCUCUAUCAGCCGAGCAACUAUCGGUCCAGCAUGACCUUCGUAAAUCUUUUACUUCGGUGCAGACGAGGAUGGUUCAGCUCGAGGAUGCGAUUACGGUCCUUCGUGCGAAACUGGCGCAGUCAUCGGCAAACACGCAAUCGGGUGCUCUCGGGCGGAUCGCGUCUCAGAAGAAACCAACUGUUGAGGCUGUGACCAAGACUGUGGGCAAGAUGAUGUCGAUGGCCGAGCAGAAGAGUGCAGACAUCGACGUCCUUGAGGCCCAGCUCAAGAAGCUGAACGUGCACGCAGGGACGUCCUCAAUCAGUAACGGUGAUGCAGAGGUGCCGGCGACGCCACCACGCAGCAGACACGCGGUGAACGGAGGAACGCCAGGCAGUGCUGGAAGUGUCUAUCAUACCCCCGACUCGAACUUGGGAAGCGGCACACGCUCAAGGCGAGGGUUUCGCACUAGCCAAAAUGGAGGCCUGCCUGCAGUCUCCGCAGAGGAUAUGCAACGAUGGCAAGCAAAGGCACAGCGUCGUAAGGCGGUGGCAAGCAUGUUGAAGGAUGUAUUGGAGGAGAAGCGGAAGAAAACCAUUGUGGGAUACUAA